AUGUCUUUCUCAGCUUCCAUUUUCCUCACGCUGUCCCUGGGACUAGUCGCCAAUGCUCACCCAGCAACCCCAAAAACACCAUGCAACCAACCGUACGACAUACCGCUACUGCGUGAUCCUGGCUAUGGAUGGAUGGCAAACAUCUCCGUCGGUACUCCUCCACAGCCAAUUACAAUGUUUGUGGACUGGACUUGGACAUCUCAAUACGUUGUUUCAACAACUUGUAAUGGCCGAGACGAUAACACAGCUGCCUGUUUGCAUCCAGCUCAACAACUGUACAACCAAUCCCUAUCAAGUACCUACAAAAGCGAGAAGGCCUUAUACCCCAGUGAGAGCUGGUAUCCAAACGAGUUCUUUCCUGCUCCAUUCAACGUGGACUACGCUUCAGAUGUGCAAACCAUUGGCCCAGUCACGAGCCGCAUUGUCCUUCAGACUAGCAACAUCCAACCUGGUAUCUUUACCUCCGCCCCCUUACCGUUUGGUGGAAUAUAUGGCAUGAUGCCUGACCCAAAAGGGGAGAAUGGCCAGUUACUACUUCCUUCCUUGGACAUUCUAGAUGCAUGCUCUCCAUCCGACUUGGCGCCGUUCAACCAACAAUACCGGGCUAAAGCAUGGCCGCAACCAUACUCUGCGUUUGCAAUGUGCCCCAACCCUUCCUGUCCGAAGGGUGCAGAUGCCAUUCAGACUCUCGGUGGUUACUCACCAGCGCUUGCUCGCAAGGGUCUCAGCUGGUACGACAUCGUUGAGGUCCCCGAGGUCAACGAGAUUGAUUUCGUCUUCGCCCCCGGAGUUUACAGCUACUGGUCAAUUGGUCUCAGUGGGCUUUACAUUGGCAAUCAGGCACAAAAGCUUAACACCACUGCCGCACUCACCAAAGAAGGUGUCCCAGCUGCCAUCUUCGACCAUGCUUCCAAAGGUCGCGGUGUCCCAUUGUCCGUUGAUGCUUACGCCAACUUGGUCAAAAUUGCUGGCGGCAAGCCAAUUGCACCAAACUCGCCUCUCCUGACUCCUUACGCACCCAACAACGGUCCUCAGCCUUUCUUCUCUAUCGACUGCAAGAAAACCAAGACUUUACCUGUCAUCAGCUACGCUUUCACCGGUAGCAGGAAGCAAUGGUCUGUUCAACCAUCCGAGUAUGUUGUUAACGUUGCUGGUACUUGCAUCCUUGAUGUUAGAGCCAUUGGUGAGGGGUCGUUCCUUCUUGGAAACUUCGGCGACAACUUUCUGAAGGGAAAGUAUGUUGUAUUCGACUACGCAAGCCAACGUGUUGGAUUGGCUGAGCUUUAA